ACCUUGAUUCCAGGCGUUCCAGGCCAUAACCUUUAAAAAAAAUCUGUCAGUGUCAGCUGGUGGUGCAAGUGCAAGUUUGGAAAUUGAUUGAACGAUAGUUCUUUGCUUGGAAACAAACACUUUAUUUUUAUGAAAUAGAAACAUAAAAGUUAAAAAGUACUCAUAGCGACACUUUGUUUUGUCUGUGCUUAUCCCUAGAACAAAAAUACUAUGACUGAAUAUUGGAAAUCACAGUCUCGAAAAUAUUGCGAAUUCUGCAAAUGUUGGUUUGCUGAUAAUAAAGUUUCUAUAUCAUUCCAUGAAAAUGGCAAACGACAUAAAGAGAAUGUCCAGAAGCAUAUAUCACAGCUCACCAAAAAGAGUGCAAAAGAAGCAAAACAAAAAGAUAAAAUUGAUGAUGAAAUGAAAAAGAUGGAGGAAGCUGCAAUGGCUGCAUAUUUAAAAGAUGUACAGAAUAAUGCUGACCUCACUUCACAGGCAAUCAAUAAUAUGUUGGAUCAAACUGGCAGUACUGUUACAACAAAAAAUGCUAGUAUAAGUACUGCAUCCAGCAAGACAGAGAAGAUUCCACCUGUGUGGCAGGAAGUUAAAAACGACAAUGGUGGCACAUACUUCUGGAAUACUCAAACUAAUGAAACUACCUGGGAUCCGCCUGAUGAAUACUUAUCAAUUGCUCAACAAGAAGAACAAAAACUCAAAGAAGCACAAGAUGAAAAGAGGAAAGAAAAACAAAAAAAGCAGAAAGAAAAAGAGUCUUUCAAGGAGGCUAAAGCUUACAUAGCCAGGGAAAAGAUGAAAGAAUUGUCGGUGAAGAAGGACCCAGCGCCUGUCCGCAGUGAGGCAAGCUCGGUGAGCUACGGGCCGGCUCCGCGCGCCGCUAAACCCUAUGGAGCGUGGACGCCUGUAGUUAACGAGCCGGUGGAACAGGUAGAUUUGCAGCUACCAAAGGUUAAGGAAGUGGCUCCGCCUCCAGUGGAGGUGACACCCGAAGUAGUGAAGUUUGGGGAGAAGAGGGUCGAGUCGCUCGGCGAAGGCCCCGUCGAGUUCAAGCGACGGAAGAUCGGCAAUGCAAAGCGCAAUAUGCGACAGAAAGUAGACGAUGAAUGAAAAUCAAUAAAGUUAGUUUUAAGUUCACUAAA